AUGAAAAAAAAUAUUUACUUGUGAAAAGUGACCCGCCAAAAUGUUUAUCCGCAACUGAAACAAGAAAGACCAUAGAGAGUGUAAUACAUGCUGCUCUUCCGAUACCCAUUCCCAGUUUUUUUCGAACAUCCACCAAUGUCUUCACUUUCCACCUCUUUUUCUCCACUCGCAUUUUCUCGCCCCAAUAAACCCAAUUACAGGAAGCUCUCGCAAAGCCCUAAUCCUCGAUUCACUUCCAAAGCCAAAUCAAAAUCAAAAUCAAAAUCAAAAUCAAAAUCAAAAUCAAAUUCUGGUAGCUCAGAUGAAAAAUUAGCGUCAUCAAUCGCAAUUGAGGCUACUACAUACACUCGUCUUCCGCCUAAAGAUGAGUUUCUUGCCUCUUCCCUCAUUGGCGCUUAUCGAGAAAUCACGCUGUCUGAUUCAACUGUUGUUCCUAAAUUUGAGGACCUAACAAGCACAGUUGAGUUUAAGGAAUUUGGAAAUGGAGAAAAGUUAAGCGGGUUUAAUUAUCUGGAUUAUGAGGUUCCAGAUGUUGAAGACGAUGAAGAGUUUGAUGAAGAUUAUGAUUCUUUUGAUGAAGACAUUGAUUAUGAAGAGGAGGAUGAUGAUGAUGAAGUGGUGGUUUAUGGAGGCCAAGUAUUUGAUGGUUUAGAGGAGGGGGAAGAUGAGGAUGAGAAUGAGGAGAAGGAGAAGGAGAAGGGAAUUCCUGCAGUGAUGAGAUGUUUUGAUAGGGCAAAGAUAUAUGUGAAAGCUGGCAAUGGUGGAAAUGGGGUUGUGGCAUUUAGGAGAGAGAAAUAUGUUCCGUUAGGGGGACCGUCUGGAGGAGAUGGAGGGAGAGGAGGGAAUGUGUAUGUGGAGGUUGAUAGUGCCAUGAAUUCUUUAUUGCCAUUUAGGAAUUGCUUGCAUUUUAGGGCAGGAAGAGGAUCUCAUGGGCAAGGGAGAAAACAGCAUGGGGCCAAAGGGGAGGAUGUGGUGGUGAAGGUAGCGCCAGGGACAGUGAUUCGAGAGGCGAGGGAUGAUGGGGUUGAAGGUCAAGUGUUGUUAGAGUUGUUGCAUCCAGGACAAAGGGCUUUGCUUUUGCCUGGUGGUAGAGGUGGUAGAGGAAAUGCUGCCUUCAAGUCAGGGUUUAAUAAGGUGCCUAAGAUUGCUGAAAAUGGAGAGGAAGGUCCUGAAAUGUGGUUGGAGUUGGAGCUCAAGCUAGUUGCAGAUGUUGGUAUUGUUGGUGCUCCAAAUGCUGGAAAAAGCACACUUCUUAGUGUUAUAAGUGCUGCUCGACCAGAAAUAGCAAACUAUCCUUUCACGACUUUGCUGCCAAAUCUGGGUGUAGUUUCAUUCGACUAUGAUUCUGCGAUGAUUGUAGCUGAUUUACCAGGUUUGCUUGAAGGUGCACACCGAGGCUUUGGUUUGGGUCAUGAAUUUCUGCGGCAUACUGAAAGAUGCUCUGUCCUGGUGCAUGUUGUUGAUGGUUCAUCACCGCAGCCAGAAUAUGAAUUUGAUGCAAUUCGUUUAGAGCUCGAACUGUUUAACCCUGAACUUGCAGAAAAGCCUUAUCUAGUUGCAUUUAACAAGAUGGAUCUACCAGAAGCAUCUGACAGAUGGGAAACAUUCAAGGAGCACCUUCUGGCUAAGGGUAUUGAACCUUUUUGCAUGAGUGCUAUUAGUCAACAGGGUACUCAUGGAGUAGUUUGUGCUGCCUAUAAGCUUGUGACAGAACUCAAGCAAGCUGCUAAAGGAGUUGAAGGUUGGGCUGCUCCUGCCAAUCUCAAUCAUGUGGCUGAGAGCAUUAAGAAGAAACGAGCUGUCCCUAUCAAUGAGUUUGAUAUUACUCAUGAUGUUAGUUCAAAUACAUGGUUUAUAAUUGGAGAAGGAUUAGAGCGGUUUGUUCAAAUGACAAAUUGGAGGUAUGUAGAUUCUGAAAGAAGGUUCCAACAUGUUCUUGAUGCUUGUGGUGUUAACAAAUCUCUCAUUGAUCGUGGUGUCAAGGAAGGCGAUACUGUCAUCAUAGCAGGGUUGGAACGAAUAUGGUAUAAUUCUUCAGGAAAUGCAGGCACCUCUGGUGCAAGUAAGAGGUCAACAGAUUCAAUCAGAUGGCCUAACUGGAAAUGAUCCGUGCACUAUGAAUACAUUGUCUGAUAUUGCAGACGUUGGACUUCUGAUUUCUGGAAUGUUCUUUGUUGGAAAGUCCACACUCCAUGGACAGAAUCACCUUGGGCUUCAUUCAGUAGUUAAUUACAAAUCCAGAUAGUAAGGCCUACUUGAUCGGUCUUUAGCAGCGGACCUGAGUAAUAUUCUAUCCAUCAACACACUUGGAACCCUGUCCUGUUCCCUGCAAGUUUUCGGUAUUGGACUUUGGCAAUUAACAAGUAGAGGUUAGUUCUGAUGCAAGUCUCCUACCAAUUAUGUAUAUUCUCUGUAUUCAAUUUUAUAGUUGGUUGUAUGAGACAUGUAUUUACAAUUCUAGAAUGCUCUCCUGUCUUUCAUAUGGCCAAUUGAUUAAUUUCUUACGCUUGGCGAAAUGUUGGGCCAAAAGAUCGGACUUUAGUUUUUCGAAAAUUUGAAAGACAAGAUUAUUUAUCAUAAAAAAAAAGCACAUAAUAAGACACGAAUAAACUUAUUUCCAUUUAUAAA